GGCUAAACUUGACGUAAAGGUUAUUAUGGGGUCAGGAGCUUGACUAACCUUUCGAAAACGCAGAUGCCAGGUGUGGCACUGAGCACAACACGGCCUUUGAUUUUUUUAUGCCAUGGUAGCCCCAUUGAUCAAGGUGAUUCACGCCAGAGGGUGAACAUGAAGGCUAAGUUUGUCCUUUCACAGUUUGGUGUACUCUCGUGUUUUUUACUAUUAUUUUCCACGUUCUCCCGCGUGGUUGGUAAAAUGGGUAGACCUAUUUCGUCGUCACAUCUUGAUGCUCUCACCGAAGUUUCUCGGCAGAGUUAUGCGAAACAGAGGAGUCCCUAUCAUACACCAUUCACGGAUAGAGGCGAGGAAGACCAGCACUUGCAGUUCAUGUUAGACAUGUAUACAAUCGCCGCUGAAACAGAUGGAAGGCCGAGAGGGCAUAAAGUGUUUGGUUCCAACACAGUGAGGCUUUUACGUGCGUCCGUGCAAAAACGCAGUCUCGUGGCAUCUAAAGACUGCUGCCUGGAUGUGCACUUCACACUGAAGUAUGAACUAGAAAGCCUUGAGCUUGAGCGACUGGUACGAGCCUCUCUAGUCCAUAUGAAGCUACCUGUUGGACAACUCUUGUCAGUAAAAUGCAGAGCCAAGGUCCGGCACCAGGGACAAAAAGGAAAGUCCGGCACACACUCAGAAGACAAAGUUACUCUGGGACCUCAAAGCCAGUGGACGGAAAGAGACGUCACACGCCAAGUCUCUCAGUGGAAGGAAGGUCCUUUGGUCCUGACUGUCCACUACCGCUGCCAGCAGGGAUGGUGGAUGAGGGAAAAUGGGAAGCCUGAAGUGACCAGGAGACACCAGCCCUCCCAGCUGUACUUGAUGGCUCCCGCUCUGCUGCUCUUUGUAGAGGAGGAAGAGGAGGAGGAGGAGAAGAAGAACCCCACGGAGUGGGGAUUCCACACACCUCCGCUGCACACCCCUGUCCGGCACCGCCGCUCCCAGGAGCCCGGUAGCAUCGUGUCUGACAUCCCCAACUACAAGGGCAGUAAGAACCGCGUGGCCAAGAACCAGUGCAAACUGCACUCUUACCAAGUGGCCUUCAGUGAUCUUGGUUGGGAUCAUUGGAUCAUUGCCCCACCCAAGUACAACCCACGCUAUUGCAUGGGAGACUGUCCACGCAUCCUGCAUUAUGGCUUAAACUCACCCAACCAUGCUAUUGUGCAGACCUUCAUCAGCGAGCUUGGCGUGGCGGACAUCCCCCCGCCCUCCUGCGUCCCUUACAAGUACAAACCCAUCAGCGUGCUCAUGAUGGAGAAGAAUGACAACAUUUUGUACAAAGAAUACGAGGACAUGAUUGCAGAAUCGUGCACCUGCCGGUAGAGUUUCAUAGGAGAUGUUAUGAACCUUCUCCUCUCAUGCUACAGUGCUGCAGGUCUCAUUGGACAACAGUAAGAGGAUGUUUAUGAGGUGUUGUUUCUUUGGGAGCUGUGAGUCAUCCUAUGAGCUCACACUUGCAGACUGCUGCAAGUGUGCCAUGGGUAAGUGUGCAGGGCUCAUGAUCAGGGUCUGUGUGUGUGUGUGUGUGUGUGUGUGUGUGUGUUUAUAUCUGUGUACUGCUCAAGGAGCCAUCUUAAAUCUGAACUUGGUGUUGGCAAUGUGUUUUUGAACGUGUUUUAUAUAUGUAUGUAAUAAUAACAAUAAUAAUUAUGAUAUGAUGAGGAUGUGAAGUCAGUGUUUGACCGGAGUGAGCAGGGUAACAUGAUGGUGCAUUAGCUUUUUGGAAUCCUGUUUGGGUAUGUGUGUGCUUGUUUGGAUUUUUGUUUGUGUCCCUGAUGAGACUAGCUGUGAAUUCAAAUUAUUUUGUGCAUACAUCUUGGCACGAUUCAUAUACUGACAUGUUGUUGUAUGUGUUGACAUUCCCGGAGACCUCCUUAAUGUGAAUUCAAGAAAAAGGAAAAAAGAAAAGAAAAAAAAUUCUCUUAAGGGGUCCUUAUCUGUGUGUAGGCAGCUGUGUGGCGUGUAGUUUUGUGGGAACUGGGACGGCCAAUUCAACAAGUGUCCUAUUGCCUUCAGUAGAGUAGAUGGCUGGUCCCGUAUGGCAAACCACAAGUUUUGUUCGUUUUCUUUUUUGAUGAGAGAAAGUUGCCUCUUGAAUAGAGCUAAGAGAUUGUGAGGAUGAGGAGGAGGUCCGAACAGUCCGAGCUAUCGAAGAAUGUUUCAUAACAAUGUUUCUUACUAUGAGAGAUGCCAAUGAAAAUCGUUAAUGCAUUAGAAGUUCUUUUAUUAACAUAAAUGAUGGGUACAUAAUAAAAUAAAAUGCACAUUUUGUACAAAACA